CUACUAGUUUUCAAAAUUAAAGGUUGAGUUUUCGCCUUUUUGGAACGAAAGCAAAAGCCAGUCCCAGUAGGGGAAAAAAAUGUGGCGGAGGAGCUUUAGCAGCAGCAGCAGCACCGGCACCGCCGCUGCUACAACUGCUUUGAAGAACAAGAAAUGGGACGCUCUGGUCAUUGGAGGCGGCCACAACGGCCUCACAGCAGCCGCAUACCUUGCACGCUCCGGCCUAUCCGUCGCCGUCCUUGAGCGGCGGCACGUGAUUGGCGGCGCCGCCGUUACCGAGGAGCUCGUUCCCGGGUUCAAGUUCUCUCGGUGUAGCUACCUCCAGAGCCUCCUCCGCCCGUCCAUCAUCAAAGAAUUAGAGCUGCCGCGGCACGGAUUGAAGCUGCUGAAGGGGAGUCAUUCGUCCUUUACACCCUGUUUGGAUGGAAGAUAUCUUCUUUUGGGACCAAACAAGGACCAUAACCACUCUGAGAUUUCCAAGUUCUCCAAAAGAGACGCCGAUGCUUAUCCAAGAUAUGGGAAUCAGCUAGGGAAUUUUUGUGAAUUUAUGGACCCCUUGUUGGAUUCAGCUCCCCCUGAAUCUUUGCAAUGCGAGUCAUCUUGCAGUGUUAGUGAUCGGUUUAAGAAUAAGAUGCACAAUUCGAUGUUUUGGGCUCGGUGUCUGAGACAAGCGGCCGCCUUAGGCCAAAAGGACUUUGUGGAGUUUAUGGACCUUUUGUUAUCCCCGGCUUCCAAGGUUUUGAAUAACUGGUUUGAGUCAGAUGUUCUGAAGGCAACCCUCGCAAUGGAUUCUGUAAUAGGAACUACGGGAAGUGUCCAUACACCUGGGAGUGGAUAUGUUCUGCUACAUCAUGUGAUGGGAGAAACUGAUGGUGAGCGUGGAAUCUGGUCGUUUGUUGAAGGUGGGAUGGGUUCAGUAUCCUUGGCUAUCGCUAAUGCCGCUAAGGAAGCUGGCGCUCAUAUUGUAACAUGUGCAGAGGUUCAGCAAUUGUUGAUUAAUGACUCUGGCACUGCGGACGGGGUUUUGCUGACUGAUGGCUCACAGGUGCAUUCUUCAAUUGUUUUAUCAAAUGCAACCCCUUACAAAACCUUCAAGGAGUUGGUACCAGAUAAUGCUCUUCCUGAUAGUUUCGUCCGUGCAAUUAAGUAUUCUGAUUACAGCUCCGGAACUACAAAAAUAAAUUUAGCGGUUGAUAAAUUGCCCCAGUUCAAAAGUUGCAAGAUGGGUCAUCCGGAUGCAGGUCCUCAGCAUGUGGGCAGCAUUCAUAUUGGUUCUGAGAGCAUGGAGGAGUUUCAAUUAGCCUGGCAAGAUGCUGUCAAUGGAUUGCCAUCGAACAGACCAGUUAUUGAGAUGACAAUUCCCUCUGUACUUGACAAAACUAUUUCUCCCCCUGGCAAGCAUGUGAUCAACUUGUUUACUCAAUAUACACCAUAUAGCCCAUCAGAUGGCCACUGGGGAGAUACUGUUUACAGAGAAUUGUUCGCACAAAAAUGUUUUAGCUUGGUUGAUGAAUAUGCGCCUGGGUUUAGUUCAUCAAUCAUUGGUUACGACAUGUUGACUCCGCCAGACCUUGAAAGGGAAAUUGGUUUGACAGGAGGGAAUAUCUUCCAUGGUGCUAUGGGAUUGGAUUCGCUCUUCCUCAUGCGACCUGUGAAAGGAUGGUCAAAUUACAGAACGCCGCUGAAAGGGCUGUAUUUGUGCGGGAGCGGAACCCACCCAGGGGGCGGUGUGAUGGGUGCACCCGGGCGUAAUGCUGCACGCGUAGUUCUUGUAGAUGUGAACAAGCCAUUAAAAUGAUUACUAAUCUGACUGGUUUCAAUUUGUAGCGGGUGUGCUCCGAAAUUUCCAGGCAUACGUCGUCGUGUUUGCAUCUUGUAUCUUCAUCCAGCAUAGAAAGCGAACAAUAUGAGACUGCAUUAUACCUGUUCGUGUAAAUUAUCUUUUGAUCCCUCAAAAUUCUUUGGUUUUCC